AUGGGAGCUCAGAGCUCUUCGCAUGAUCCUGCCAUUGGAAAUAAUAUAGCAUGUUUUAUCAAUGAUCAACAAAAAAUAGUAGAACGAGAUUUCUAUGCUGACAAAGAAAUUGCAGGUCAGAACGAGAAUAAUGCUUCCCAGAAUUUAAACAAUGACAACAACAUCACCAAUGACAAUGCAAGCCAGAAUGAUAACAAUGAGGGUGUUCAGGGAAACACAAAUAACCAGGAAACCACAAAUCAGGAUAAAACUAAUACGUCUCAUACCUACAAUAAUGAAAAUGCAGGUCAGAAUGAAAACAACAAUGCUGCUCAAAGCAACACUCACAACAAUGGGAAUUCGGCUGAGAAUGACAAAAAUAAAUACUUCAAAGACCUACAAGGACAACAAUGCAAGUGA